AUGGACGAAGUAGAUAAGUUGUUAACAUAUGACAUUAUUCAUCAAUACUUGCAAAAGAGUGGCAGCUAUAACUUGAUGGUGGGUAAGUACCACGAGAUGCUAAAAAUUAGAGAAGCGAAGAAGGAAUACACAGAUAUUAAAAAAGGGUAUAGUUCUUUUGAUUUGGACAUUUUAAGUCUUUAUGAAGAAGUACUAGACGUUUUUCAGCAUAAUAAUUUUUUUAUAAAAGCAUGUAAUUUAACCUUUUUCAAACUAAGCAAAAAUGCAUAUCAGGGAUGCAUACAUGUAAUUUUUCUGGAAAAUAUAUCGGAAAUGAAAAGUGUGUGUAUAGUAAAGAAAAAUAGCGAAUUGAAAAGAAUGAUUGAUUCAGCAAGAAAAAAGAAUAAUAAUAUUCCGCUUUCAUAUAUGGAAAAAGACAAAAAACAGAUUAAGCAAAACAAUUACGUUCACAAUUGCAAAGUUGAAGGGGAUAAGGUAUCAAAUAUAAGAGUUGCUUUAAAGGAUACCUUUGACUCUUUAAUUUUUUUUAUUAUGGACAAAUACAACAUAAAGAUAAAUAAUAACCAUUCAUUUAUAGUAAAAAAAGAAGUAUGUAAUUAUAUCAUAACAAAUGAAGAAGUAUAUAAAUUUUUGAAAAAUUAUAAUUAUUAUCAAAUAGAUUUAAAUAAAUUACAAUUUGAUAUUUAUGAUUAUUCCUUUGUUUUUUAUAAAAAUGUUACUCAUUUCUCUGAUUUUUUUAAAUACAUGAAAGAUAUACACUCAUGUGCAUAUUUAAUUUCCUUGUUUGUCAAAAUAAUUGCAUAUAAAAAUAAAAUACAAAUAUAUAAUUCUCAAUUAUUUUUUUGUAAAAAGAACAAUGAAUGUAUUUGUAAUUUGUAUAUAAGUUUUGUUAAGAAAAACGAGAAAGUUUUUCAAAAAUUAUUUUUUAAUAGUAAAUUUGUAAGUAUGGAAAAUAUUAUACAAUCCAAAAUUUCUUUAAUUGAGCAAGUAAAAAAAAAAAUUAUGAACAGAAAAGAUUUAACAUAUCCAGAUGAUGUGGUUAUAUGUUCUUUUGUUAAAUUUUUUUAUACUUUCAAAUUAUCAAGCCCAAAAAAUUACACUUACAGAAGUCGAAGCCUUCAGCCUUGUGAGAAGAAGACGCUCAACAAAUUAAGUCUUCACAAUAGUCGACCAACUGGUCAGCAUACAAUUGAGUUCACCAAUGACAAGAGGAGAAAACUAAAUGGGAUUGGCGCAUUUAGUGGGGAAGGUUCUCAUAAUGCUGGAAGCGUUACUAAUAUGGGAAGUAUCGUUAAUGUGGAAAGCGCUAAUAAUGUAGGGAGCGUCAUCAGUGAAGAACACGAUAUGAUAGAUGUGGGAAACAAUGAGGAAGUCCACCUUAUUAGCGCAACGAACAACGUUACAAAUACUCGGAACGAAAUCGAAGAGGGUGGGUGUAUCGACGCGAAUGGUACCAUUAAAACUAGGAACUUGAACAGCAUAAGCGUCCUAUUAACAGAAAGUUCUCUAAUAUAUAAAUUAAACGAGGUCGAAGACAAGGAACAUGAGUUUAACAAGGACGGUAAACAACUUGAAGGAGGAAUUAAUUGCAGUAGAACAAGGAGUGAAGGAGCAUAUAAUAACAACAGAACGAGGAAUGAAGAAAGAAACAAUAACGGUAGAACGAGGAGUGAAGAAGGAUAUAAUAAUGACAGAACGAGGAGUGAAGAAAGAAACAAUAACGGUAGAACGAGGAGUGAAGAAGGAUAUAAUAAUGACAGAACGAGGAGUGAAGAAAGAAACAAUAACGGUAGAACGAGGAGUGAAGAAGGAUAUAAUAAUGACAGAACGAGGAAUGAAGAAGAAAAACAGAAAAAUGAAGAGAUGCCAUUAUCUCCCUAUGAAAUAGAAAAUAAAAAUUUUGAAAUGUAUCCCUCCAAAUGUUAUGAAAAAAAUUAUAUUAUAAGAAAUGGUAAUCCGUUGAAGAUACAGGGAAGGAAUAGCAGUAUAAAACUUGGAACAAAUCAUAGUGAUAAAAUUGAAAAUACGUUAAAAAAAAAUUAUAAAUGUAUUGGUAAAUCUUAUUCUGAGGUGGCAAUAACAUCUAGAGGGAAAGAGGAUCUACAUAAUAAUAGAAACAGCUGUUCUAUCUUUAAAACUGGAAGUACAUAUAACCAUAUUGUUUUUAUUAAUCAUAAAAACGUACCAUUUUAUUUUAAAGUAAAAAAGGAAACAGAGUUAAACACUAUAAACACUGAUAAUUAUGAUACAGUAAAUAUAUACAUUAAAGGAAAGAAUGAAAUCGUAAGAGAUAGAAGUAAAGGAAUAUAUAAUGAAUUACCUUACAGUGUUCAUAAUAAUGAAAAGGGCAUUCACGAUAUAAUUUAUGACAGAAAUAAUAAUAAGAACGUGUUAGUAAAUAAAAAGCGCAAUUUUGUCAAUGAUCAUGUUAAUAUACAUGAGAAUAUGUAUCAAAGGUGCAUAAAUGGCACAGCAACAAAAGGAAUAGUAGAUAUGCAUAGGACCUGUGCAAACAGGCUAGUUCGGAAAGAACCACGAAGAGAAGAAGACGUGGAAUUGGAGAUGCCCCCUGAAGUGGAACGUUCCGAUGGACCUGGAAAAAACAUCAAUAAAUCAGGGCACUACAAAAGAAGCAGUUGCAGUAAAGAAACAUUCAACAGACACGAUAACGUGAAGAGGAGGAGGAGGUGCGAUGAGAGCUGUGAAAAUGGUACAACUGCUGAUAUGUCCUCUGCUUCUAUAACUGGCGUUGCAUCUACCACUACUGCUUCUGCUAGUACUUCCCACCUUCGUAUGAUCACAAAGGAAGGUCUUGUUCUUACAAAUUUUAACAACAAUAGAGGGAAAACUGUACUAACCGCGUUUCCUAAAAAUAUGGGGUGUAAAGGGAAAAUUGAAAAAUGCGAGAGUUACAUGAGGGAAGAUUCUACAUAUGACAAUGUGGAUAGAGAAGCAAAUUGUAGGGAGAAUAACCAAAAUGAAUGUAAUGUUAGAUAUAAGAGGAAAUGUGGUAGUAACAACAUUCAUGUAAAGAAGGAAAAUAUCGGAAAAUACUCGGGAUUAAAGGAGAUACAGGAAAAAAAUAGGAACGCAUGCGUUGAUGAGUGCGUAAAUAGCAGUCAUAACGAAGUGAAGCACACGAAGGAAUGCAGUUCUAAAUGUGCUAUCAACCGUGGCUUUGACCGCGAAUUAGACUGUAACUUGGACCACUUCAACUUCGAAUGUGAGAGUAGAAGAACUAACUUGAACAAUUCCCUCGUUUCCAUUUCUGCUAAUUCAACUAAUGACAUAAGUCGAAUGGAUAUGAGUAGGAAAAGGCUUAUUAAUAAGGUAAUUCAGACGAGUAAAGGAGAGAACGAAAUCAGGAAGGGACUAACAAAGGAAUAUACGCAAAUGCACGAUUUAGACAAUGACGCUGGUAUUAGAGACGGAUCUGCAUUUAGAAAAGGGAUGGAUAUAAUUGAUGAAAAAAGGAAAAGAUACACAAUGUUGUAUGAUAUGCCGUAUGAUAUGCCGUGUGAUAUGCCGUGUGAUAUGCCGUGUGAUAUGCCGUGUGAUAACCUUUACGAUAAACAUAACACUAACAGUAGUGCAUAUAAUUUCUCUUUUCUGUCUAACUCUUUGGAUGAUAAGUCCUCUGUUAAAUCUGAAUUUUUUUCAGAGGAGGAAAGACAAAAGUUUGAUAAUAUUAAUAUAAUAAAAAAAAUUAAUGAGGAUUUUUGUUAUUUAAAUAAAAAUGACAAAUUGAAUGUGAUAAAAAUUUUAUGUAAUUACAGAACGUAUUUGAAAAAGAUUUUGCUGUACGAAUACAUGAAGCAGGACUAUUCGUUCGAAGUAGAAACAUGCAUCUUUUAUUUUGAUAACAUAAGCUACAAUAAUGGAGAUCAUAUGGAUGCGACUAGAGCUACCAGUACUGCCACUGCUGAUAACCGUGCUACCCACACUGCUAUCGCUGCUGUUGAUUCUGUGGAUAGCACUACCACCACUACUAGUACGAACAAUGGUAGUGGCAUAUGUGAGAACAGAAACGUAGGACGAACCGGGUGGAAAUUCCCCAAUGGGGUAUUCGAAACGGAGCAUUUAAUGAAUGAAAAAACCCCAGAAUGCACAAAAAAAAAAAAUAAUGAAAGAAUAUAUAAAAGUUGUCAAGAUGUAGAGAAUAAAGAAAGGAAAAAACUAAUUGAUAAAAUAAAAUAUUAUAUUGAAAAAAUAAGAGCACUGCACCAAAUCAUUAACUCAUACACGAAAAUUAACCAUUCCAAUAUAGACAAGAUGAAAAGUUAUAUAGCUUUAAUUGAAUGUAUUAAGAAAUAUCCCUACAGCUUUUAUUACAACGAAGUAGUGUCAGAGAACGAGGAAGAGAAUAUAGAAGAAAGGAUUAAGGAAAAGAGUGGAAAAAAAGCUAUUCAGAAAUACCAUUUACCAAAGUAUGGAAAAAUAUAUGAAGACACAGAGGAACGUAAGAAAAAACAUCAGAUCAUUAUGUUAUACAAUGGGAAUAAUGAAUACUGGAGGAGCAAGUAUACUGUACAAAAAAACAAAGAGGAUGAGGGGUUCUUAGAUCAAGCUAACGGAAAUAUGUGGAACGAAACAAAAUAUAAGAGCAUAUUAAAAAAAAGCUUUAGAAGUUACAUUAAGGAAAACAUUACCAAUGAUAAGAACAUUGUGCAUAGCUAUGCAAAAGGAAUUAACAAUAAUGUAAAAGAUAUUAGGAAAAGAUAUUAUUGCACCAAUUUUUUCUUUCAAUAUGAUAAGUAG